AUGCAGUUCACCUACAAGGCUCUCUCUGCCCUCGCGGUCAGCUUCUUCUUCUCCACUGCUUCGGCUGUCGCCCACUGCAAGCCCGGACAGGCCUGGCCUGACGUCCACGACUGCCACAAUUUCUUCGAAUGCGCCUCUGGUGGCGUUCCCGUCCUCAAGACUUGUGGCCCCGGCACGGCAUACUGCCCCAAGACCGGCAUCUGCGACUACGAGUUCAAGAACCCCGCCUGCCGUCUCCACGGGGCCGGCCCUGAGGGCCAUGCUGGUCCUGGAGGCCACGACGGUAAGGGGCCUGAGGGUCACGGCGGCCCUGGUGGAAUUGAGGAAUUUGCUGGCCAUGGCCGUCCCGAUGGUCCAGCUGGUCCUGGCGCCAUAAACCACUAA